AUGGCUGCUGAAUUUGUUGCCUCUGCUGCUGCCAAUGCUGUAGGAAACCUCACAACAGAAUAUGCAUCACCUUAUGUUAGUUACUUUUUCCGAUUUGGGAAAAUUGUUGAAGAAUUCAAGAAUCGGAGAAAUGAACUUGAAUUGAAAAGUGAUCGGAUAAAAAAUGAAGUCGAAGAGGCUGCAAGGCAAAAUGAGGUAAUUGGGAAGGAUGUCCAAGACUGGCGAAAAAGGGCAGAGAAAGAACUGGAAGAAACCCAGUGUUUGGAAGCUGAAAUAGAACGUAUGAAGUGUUUCAAUUGGUGUCCAAGUUGGGGUUGGCGAUUAUGCUUAAGUAAGAAAGUGGCAAAGAAGACGAUCUCUAUCAAUAAACUUCUUGAGAGUGAUUCAACUUUGAAUGACAUCAUCAAGGCUCUAAAGACUAAUGGUGUGAACAUGAUUGGAUUGUAUGGAAUGCCAGGGGUGGGCAAAACAACUUUGGCAAAAGAAGUUGGGAAGCAUGCUAAAGAACAAAAGCUCUUUGACUAUGUUGUGAUGGUUACAAUGUCCCGCACUCCAAACACAGCAAUAUUCAAGAUAAAAUUGCUGCCAUAG